AUGAGGAAGCGUGCUGAUGCUUAUGACCCGGUCCCUGAACUGGAAAGUCCUGAACCUGAACCUGAGGCGGAGGAGGUUGAAGAAGAUGCACCUGCUAGAAGGAGCGCAAAGCAGAACUCGUGUGUAUUUUCUCUUCAUUGCUGGUGUUACUCUUCCCAGGAUCUCGUCGAAGAGGUCUGGAAGCAUCCUCAGAUAGUUCUGGAAGGCGUUGACAUCUUCGGUGGGGAGCUCUCAAGGAACGCAUGUCUCCCAACACCCUGUCUAAAUGGAGGUAUCGCUGAUCCUUGCACCCAACGAAACCCGUGCGUCAGUGGUGUCUGUCGUCCUAGUGGACAAGGGCAGUACGAAUGUGAAUGCCAAGAUCAUUAUGAGGGGAUCCAUUGUGAUGAACCAACUCUUCCUUUGGAGGUUUCUGUCCAUCCGUCAAGCCAGAUAGUCAACACCAAUGCUUAUGUGGAGCUGACAUGUAGUUUCAACAAUGCCAAGCGAUACCACUGGUACAAAGAUGAUGUCCUUUUGCCUAACAGUGGAAAUCAGAAUCCUUUGAUAAUCAUGUCUGUCACUCCAAGUGACAUCGGGUAUUACUUCUGCCGAGGCUCGGGGAGAAAUGAAGAAACUUUAGACACGAUGCGAGCAUCUGUAUAUGUCAAAGAUCUGACCAAUAUAAUAGUUUUGAACGCUAGAUUUGCCAUUCCAUUCAGCGAUGAGCUUCAUGACCAAACGUCUAAACUCUAUAAAGAAACGGCGCUCAACAUCAGCACCUAUGUGGAGCAAGGCGUCCGAACCAGUUCUGGUUUAAAGAGUCUAUCAGUUGUAUGCAGAGCCCUAAGACCAGGAAGCGUCAAAGCUGACAUGAAUAUCUACAUCGAGCGGACUAAUAUGACGGCAACGGAGACACAAGAUCUUAUUGGUCUAUCUCUUGACAGUCUAGCCAAUGAAUCGGACGACGACAAGUUCGACAAGUCUCGCAUUCUCGGCUUAAACAAGAAGCCUUAG